AGGCAGUUUUUUCUGGCGUGCGCCGGCUGAUUCCUUGACAUAAUUACACCACGACUGUCCCUGUCUUAGCUUUUUCUGUCGCCACACGAUCCAUUUAGUUGUAAUUGCCUGCUCGGUCGCUUACUUUACAUCGGUGGGACCACGACGUUGCGACGUCUGUACGAAUUGAGACCUGGUAUGUACGUUUACACUCACAAUUAGACCACCAGUAGCACAAGUAUGACCUCACUUCUUUCCUGUUUGGCUUUUCGGGUUCUGCUUGAAGAUCGGCGAGUUUCGUAAAAUUAUUUUUGAGUAAGAAAAAAAAAGCUGUAAUUCUGCUGCUGCUGUUGAUCGUUUAGAAAGUUUAGAAAAUACCAAGACCAUGGCAAGUAGCGGCGUGCCGCCGGCCGUGGGUGGUGGCGUUGGGAAUGGCCUCGCCCCACCCGCCGGAAAUGGACAAGCACCGAGGGCAGGAGCAGCCCCUCUCCCACAACUUCCACCCCGGCCUCCAGUAGCGCCCGCACCAGCCGCCGCUGCACUACCCGCCGCCGCACCAGCGCCGCCGCCGCGACCAGUUGCCGCGGCGCCUGCAGCUGGAUCCGCGGCCCCAAGGGCGUUGAAGCCGGGGCAGGGAACCAUGCCGACCGAGGCACAAGUGCGGGAGGCAGUGGGGAAGUGCAAUCCCGCAACAAAGGCCAAGAACGAGGCGGCAUCGAUACUGACGCUGGAAAUGAUUAUUCUCGAAUUCGCUGCGCAUCUGCAGCCGGUUCCGAAAAAUGAAGCCGAUUGCAAACAAUUCUCCGACAAGCUUCGGACCCUUUGUCGUGACGACGAGGCUGCGGGUGUCAUACCGUCGAGGGCGGACGGCAAGCAGGGAGGUACUUACUUACUUUUUUUAAUAGAAUACGGCUGAGCUGUUGCUGUUCAGGUCUUUGACUUCCGUCUCGGGUGGGUGAGGGGUGAUGGCCUAGUAGGUGCGCUUUAGCAGAAAGUUUGCGCACAUCGUUUUUCGUUUCCAUCUUUGCACCAACACGGGCGCCGUCUUCAACCGCUGCAACUAUGGGUAGCAGCGAGGCACCUGUUCGCGGCCCACGCCGGUUGCCGCAUCUGACCUCUUGCUUGUGGCGUUCCUCGAGGUGGGCCGCUUUCUGGGUUGGCUGUGGAAUGCUGUUUUUGGCUCUCCGAGAAGCUUGCGGACUCUCUGAAAUACCACGCCAGGUCUCUGCGUGUCCGCUUUUUAUCAGUCAACCAGACAAAUAAGUGGGAGCUGCCUGAGAGUCGCGCCCUUUAUUGUAGCUUUUUGGACACAGAAAUCGAAGAAGUUUCAUGGAGUUCCGAAAAUUUUUUUUGUUAUCCAUCUCCUGACGUGUGCGAUCAGAAAACUGCACGGCUACACGCGAUCUGUGAGCUAACACCGAAAGAAUUUUUUUCCGCUAGAACCGCACGAGAUCCCCGAAAAAGUACAAUACCGCUCGCGCGCAAGAAAGCCAGGCCGCGAAAUUGAUCAAGUCAGCAUGAUGAUGCCCAACAAAGGCGUUGCCGAUUUUUCAACUUUUUUUUUUCGCUAUUGGCUCUACGUUUUGACAUUCCCGACGCGCACAGGCCUAGAAAGAAAAGAAAAAUAAAAUGUAAAGUAAAAAAAAAAUGGGUAAAACCGCUGUUGGCGGAGAUAAGGAUAAGGGAAAAACUGCUCGGUCUCAGAGUCAGACAGCACCCACAGCCAUGGAGAUGAGCAGCAAUGCGCCGAGUGGCUCCGGUCGUGACCGUGAGGACACGGCUGGCAGCGCUUCAGGAAUUGGCAGCGAUGCCACGAAGCCAACGCCCGCGCAAGUGCAGGAAGCGAUCGACAAGGGGGCGGCACUCACGCGGGAAGAAAACGAGCAGAGGGAGAUUAUAACGCUCGACGAUCUCUGCCGGGAGUACUCCAUCCAGAAGGACGAAGAGCAUGGGCCGGGACUUCUUUCGACAAAAGGCGGACAGCAGUCCGUUUACGCCGAUAGAAUUCGCACAUUCCACGGCUGGCUCCGGGACGACGAAAAAGUUGGGGUCAUUCCCAAAAGGAACACGGACUUAAGUAAGUGGCUCCGUUUCGUCCGUUUUCAGCUUUCUGGCUCCGGCGCCCGCGGCGCGCUCUCCUCGCUAUUUCCUCGCCUUAUUUUCUUUUCGUCGCGCAGGCAGGCCCCGGCUAGGCUCUUCCGCCCGCCGUCUUCGUUUUCCUAGGCCAAAUACCCCUCGCCCCACCCGAUUUUCGUCUCAUAGUUGCCCAGAGACGAGGCGACAUGGAGAUGAUUUCAAAUAGAACAAAAAUACUUUUCAACCCAAUAAAGCACGACUCUCACUACAGGUAAAAAGUGGCAAUGGAAACGCGGCACGGACGUGAACAACGUGCGCCAACUGAUCUACCAGAAGUUUAUAAGUAAGCGGCCCCGUGGAAAGAUACCCAAGGACCUGAAGCAUGUGCGUUAUGGCGAGCCCCGAGCGACAAAGCGUACCAACCCGGAUGGAUCGGCAAGAGAGCCAGCUGCGAAAAAGCCGAAACGGGAGGGGGCCAAAAGUAAAAAGCCCAUGAAGAAGAAGCCCGCCAGACGGGCUGGAAGCUCCAGCUCCUCCGGCAGUAGCAGCAGCGACGUCUCGGUACUAACUUUCUGUUUUGAGCUUAUCCAUGAGUUGUAUGAGUUUCCUUGGAGGAUGCGAUGUGGUGUACUUAUUUAUUAGACCGAGAACUAAGUAGCGCUAGCGCACCACUCAUGGAUGAGAUUUCUGCAGCAAAAAUACUAGCCUAAGAUGCUUGGUGAUAGUUCGAUAGAGAAGAAGCUGAAGAUAGCUCCAGACGAGCCUCUUGGAAAUAAAUCAAACUAUCAACUUUUCCAGUUAUCUUCGUCGGAAAGCAAAGGGAAGAAAGAGAAGAAGAAACUGGAACACGAGAGAAAAGUCGCAGCACAGGCACGGGAAAAGGAGGAGCGCAGGCGAAAAGUAGAAGCAGAGAACCACGCCAGAAGAAUGUACUUUUUUUGAUUUUUAUUCCGAAAAAUUGCGAGGCACUGACGCAGCGGCUAUUGACAUGCACGAUGAGACGUUUUCUUUGUCAUUGUCUUACCAACCUAAACUCAACGACUCCUCAUUUCUUGCAGGCGCGAAAACCGCAAGAGACUGAUCGAUCAGGCGAAUGACAAACUCACGAGGGACAAGCAGAACGCGCAUGUGAUGCAUACGACGAAGGAGAACAAGGAGGCACCAUUCUACCACGCAAAAGAGGAGUUUUUUUGGAGACAGAACGUGGAGUACAAGUACAAGGAGUGGAUUCUACCCGGUAGAGGCAACAAUCGCGCUAGCAAUGUCGCCAGUGUGACGCCGGGCGCGGAAACGUCGCAUGCCACGCCCGGACAGGCGGCCACGACCGCGAAUCUUCUUUCCGGGUCCGCUGCCAGUGCCGAGAACAAUACCUCACGUGCGGUCAACGCAGAUCUAUCCGCGACCCCGGCUAACGACCUACAGGAACAGAAGCGCGGCCCCGGGGACGAAGAAGAACAAUACCGCGUCAUACCGCCCACUGAAGAAAUUACCAAGAAGGCGAAGAUCGCCUACAAGUUCAUCAGCGACCCCUUCACUUGCAAGGAGGGAUCCAGCAUAUACAGGGUUCCAAUUUUGGGGAAGGGCCAGUUUGGCACUGUGUACAAAGCCUGGAGGUGCGAGUACAAUGAUCAAGAGGAGCUUCUGACAGAGAAGGAGAGAUGGUCCCAAGUGGCCCUGAAGGUGUCACGAAAAAUGUGGGAUAAGGGAACCUGGAAGCUCUCGCAGAAGAUCAAGAAGGAGAAGCACUACCUCGAAACCCUGGAUGCGGAGAAGAGAGAGCACAUGGUGCGGUUUGUCAUGUGGAUGCGGAGGGCUCUCGAUAGGCUGCAAAAGAAAUUGAAAGGGUACAUAAAACUUGAAACUUGAACAGCAACCCCAUUCUUGUUCCUGUCAUGUGUGUACUUAAUCUCUAAAUUGAUAAUUUCAUGAGGUGGACCGACGUCGAAAGAUGAUACAUACUUAGCCAUGACGAAAACAACUAAGACCGCUCAGGCCGGGAACAAUGAUGUCCCCAUAAAGUACUGGCGCAGAUCUUCAUCUUCUCUUUCACGUUUCCUCUUGAGUUUUUCUGUCCGUAUCUUGUGCACCAUGACUCAACCGUAUAACCAUAACAACUCAACCUCUACCUCUACUCAUUUCAGGGAAUUGGAUGGGCAGCGAUACCACGACAUGCAACAGAAAAUCUUAUCUAUGCGGAGUAUGGCGCCAGAUACUACCUGCUUGCUUUUGAUGUACGGCGGGCUAGAAUCCUUCACGUUUGACGAGCAUUAUUUCCAGGUUUUCGAACUGGCACAGGGAAACCUGCUCGCGCUGCAGACAAAAUACUCGCAGCUUAUAGCCGAGGACGCCCUGAAAGUCUUCAACAAAAAUCCCACGCAGACGGAAUUUGCGGUAUAAACGCAUUUGAUACAACUACAGGAGACAAAAUUAAGUAGUCGAACUGCGGCGCUACUGGUCGUGUUUUUUUUGGGUUUAGCUGAGUCUUGUGCUAGUACUAUCAGGUUCUAUAAUUGCCGUAGUCGUAGAAAAGGUAGGACAUCACAAGCGAAGAACUGGGAGGUAUUUACAAGGGAACUAUCAAUGUGACAUUUCUGAUUGCUUAAAACCCUGUUACGCGACAUCACCACAGGUCGACAUCGGCUCGGGUGUCACCGAAUGGUACCAGCAGAGCCUGAACACAGUGAAACACAGCGGCCACCACAGCCAGUACAAGAUAUCAAAAGGAAAAAUCCCCCCUCCCCAUAUCGAAAUGGAAAUCUGUGAUGCGGGAUUUGUGUACACAAACCAGCUUUGCCUUGCAGUGGAGGACUGCAGACAGAUACAAAGCCGGAUUAGGGCUGUUUCGGCGUAGGCGCCUAGCAAGGUAGGGACAUUCUCUGUAGGCCAGACAGCAUUACAAAUUGCCUGCAGAACGCGGCGGGGUUUUUUUGUUUGUCUUCCUGCAAUACAGUGACGAUUUGUGACCUCAAAUCAGCAUCGCAAAUUUUGAGAAGUAUCCCGGUCUGGUAUGGGGAGGGGGGAUUUUUCCUUUUGAUACAAGAAGCUGGGACUUCCUGUGCACCUUGCGGGACGCUUGGCUUUUCAUGUGCUCCAAGCAAUGCGAUUUCUGAAGCACAUCGGGUACAUCCAUACGGACUUGAAGCCAGAAAACAUCUGCUUGCAUUUGGACACCAAUGGAUUCAAGAGACGCAACCCGGACAACCUUCACCUUUUUCCCCCGACCUGGCACGACGACGCGGUGCAUGGCAAUCUGACGCCAGAAAAGAAAGCAGCGUUACAAAAACUUCCGCCUGGCGUGCUAAAUACAUUGAAGGCCAGAGAAACCGACAUCCGCAACAACACGCAUUUUACCGCUUCUCAUGGCCUGAAAUUGGGCGACCUGGAGUCGUAUCAAUUGCAAAUAUGUCUGAGUCUGGAUUUUUUGUCAUUGAGGCUUUGAAGGACGACGAGCACGAGAUGAGGAUCUGUGAUGCAUGGAAGGAUAAGAGUAAGCAGUUUUGUUCUACUUUGGCUGGACAUGAGUUUGUCACAGAAAAUAAGGUGGGAUAGACUUCGCAACAAUACCCGAGAAAAUUGUUUUAACGGGUCCGUGCAGUAUAAACAGCUGCCUUGAUCAUGUCAUGUACAUGUUUCACGACUCAGCAUGACAAGUGGCAUGCUUUUAAUAUGCAGAAGCAGACUCAGACAUUUUUUCAUUUGACAAGUUUUACUUCGCGAACUGCACCGCAAAAUUAGCAGAUUUGGGAGAGAUUCAAAAGGCUCCUAUCAACGUGCCGUCGCAAAAGGAUUCUAUUCAGCCUCCGUGGUAUAGAGCGCCCGAAGUGUACUUCGGCGAUUGGCCGCUAACUCCGGCGAUGGACAUGUGGUCGAUGGCGGUAACCAUGCACAGUCUAUGCACGGGCGGCGACAUGCUGUUCCCCAGCCAUACAAAGGACCACGGCCAGCCGCCGCACGGAUGUUGCACGUAAUAGUGUGAUUUUUACGCAUUGUGUUGACACUUCUAUUCUAUCCCUAUGUUCUGGAUUUACUCGGAUAAAGUGCGUGUUUUCCAUCGGGCUUCGAGUGUAUGAGCAUUAUGACCAAGUAGAAGAUGACCUCCAAAACGGCAACGACAGCGAUCUUGCGGCGCGGAUCGUUUGGAGAAGAUCUGCAGGUCUCGCUGGAGUUGUAGAGCAUCAUCAAAGAUGGACACGGUGUCACAAUCACAAUGAUUAUUUUGUUAAAACAAAAAACAAACAGGAAACGCUGGCACAUGCAACGCAUAUUUGAGAUAACCGGGCCAUGUCCCAGAUACCUCGUCGAUCGGGCCGUGGAAGCGCACCACAAAGCUUAUUUCCAGCAUGACGAGCACGGUCAGCGAAUUUUCGGCGAGAAUGAUAUGCCAGUGCCGAAGGAGGGCGCUGCCGACAAUCCAAUGCGACCCAAGGCUUUGAAGGUACUUCCUUAUCUGGUGCGACGUAAGGAUAAGCUUAAGCACGCUACAUGACUCAUGUAGCUUGCUUACGAUGAGCUCUAACUCUAUUUCUACCGUGGACAGAGAAUUUGCAGAGUCAUAUUAAGGGGCUCUAGUGGCAAUAUUAUCAAGAGGAACGACUCGUGGCGAUUUCGGCUUGUGCGAAAGCGACUUCUAGAUUUAUAUCAUGCAGGAUGUUGUAACCAAAAUGGGACACGUGAAGAUCGUGAGGGUCAUUGUCAUUCCAUGAAAUGAACAUAACGCAGGCAAACGAGGGCCCCCUAAUCCAGGAUUUCUUCAGUAUGACAACGGACUUCACCAAAAACGAGUUACAUCUCGCGAAGUGCUACGACUACCUGAAAAACCCGCGCGACGCGGGACCGGCGAUUUGGGACCAAAAGAAAGUUUUCAAGCGGCAGCACAAUCUGAUGAGCAUGUUUCAGUUGACUCGCAUGCAAUACCGACAGCUGGCAGUUCCGCUAUCGCUGGCAAAAAUCAUGUUUGUGGAACCGGUUCGUGGAAAAACCGAGGUUGAUGUACGGAAGUCGGACGAAAUGCGGCACUUCAUUUUCUCGCAGGGUGCGGUCACCACGAAACUGGAACACGCAGGGCUCCGGCAGUCGUUUAACUUCGACCCGGCUACCCUGAUGGGUGUCUCUGAAUUCACUACGAACGUGGAGCAAGACUUCGAGGCAGAGAUGGACGAAAAUAAGUUCUACGAGUCCGAGACGAUUCGGAAAACGGAGGAGGACAUCAAGAAAGCCAGUCCCAGCCCCGACGAUGACGAGGACGAGGGUCCGGCGUUCGAGCCGAUGCAGGAUGACGGUGCGGCGCAGCCGGAGGAGCAGGCAAACAAGGAGCCGAACAGCCCGGAAGAGGCGCGCUCAGGCAAAGAAGACGACGACAACGACGAUUCAAGCGAUAGUGAUAGUGGUUCCAGUGGCAGCAGCUCUGGUGAAGACGAGGACAGCGACAAAGAUGAAGCUGCUGCCAGCCCGGCGGAAGGAGACUCGAAUGUUGACGCAGCUGCCGAUAAAGUUGCGGCCGGCCCGGAUGGCGUGCCGGACCCGGAGCAGGCAGAGAAGGAAGCGGCUGAUGCGGAGAUGCCAGAUGCAAACGGUGGCGUCGAUGCGGCCAAUGUUGCCGUCCCGGCAAAGGCCGCGGCGAGUUCGAGUAGCGCAAGCGCCAACUCGGGCGACGGCAAUGCUGCAAAAGGAUCAGCGGCUCAGCCAGACGAGUCCGAUCGCACUCCGGCGGGUGCUGAUGUCACGCCGGGUGGAGUGGCUGCACCGAAGAGAAGGCAGCCGCCAGCUCUCCCUCCGCAACCUGCUGCCCGGAGACCCACCGGCAUGGACCUUAAGAGUGUGCAAGAUCAGCUUCGCGCAAAGUUGGAGAUUGAGUACUGCGACCUGAUUUGGCAAAUGAUCACCCUCGACAAGGAAUUGAGGAUAACUCCCGAAAAGGCAAUCAAGCAUGAGUUUUUCCGCACCCUCCAGCGACUGAAGCCGGAGGCUUUCAAGACGGUCCAUGAUGCCUGAACAUGAGCAGCACCAUCUCCAUGUCAACCGGCGGUAUAAGGGACUGCAGUCCGGCUCCCCUCCGGGCGACGCGUCAUUUUCGACCUUUCUGCAGCAUAUGACUGCAAUUUUCGAAAUCAAAAUCAUGGCAUUUUUCUAGAACGACUUGGCGUUAGCGCCCGCCAUAAAUGGAGAAGAACGAUUCCCAUUUUCGUAUCUCUAAACUUUUUGAAUAUUCUCAGAUAAGUAGAAAGAUACAUCGCGAGUAAAGUAGAAUAUGUAGCAAACAGCAAGCGACUGCGACACCGAUAGCAUACGCACCUAUCUCUGAUCAUAUCAGCAUUAUGUCUGAGAAUCAUCGAGGAGAAGUUAUGAUAAUUGAUGAUCCUGCCCCUGAUUUUUCCUCAUCAACGCUUUGAUGACUGUUCCGUCGCACAAUAUGCCCAUUCCUUCUGUGUGUUUUUGUUUGGGUUUUGCAU